CUGGAGUACAGCCACAGCUACGAGGAGAGAAGCCUCUUGACCAAGAGCAGCCUGUUUUCGCCCCUGAAAGACGCGGAGCUGAUCUCCCCGCCGGAGCCUGCCACCCAGGGCAGCCUGGGGAGCCCCGGCGGUGCCGUACAGCAAAAAGGGUCCUACCUGAAUUUUUGUGAUGCGUCCUGCGAGAGCGCAGCGCACGGGCAGGCUCUGGAGGUGGCGGCUGAGCGGCCCGUCUCCUACGUUGCAAACUAUGUGUCGCCCGACUCUUCCAGCGAGCAGGUUUAAAAAGCCACUGACUCCAAAGCCUCCUUCGAGGCGCACGUCAGAGAAAAGUUUAACAGGAUGGUAGAGGCCGUGGACAAAACGAUUGAGAAGCGAAUCGACAAGCUUACCAAAGAGCUGGCCCAGAAGACGGCAGAGCUGCUGGAGGUGCGGGCAGCUUUUGUGCAGCUGUCCCAGAAGAAGCAGGAGGUGCAGCGGCGGGAGCGGGCCCUGAGCAGGCAGGUGGACGUGGCAGUGGAGAUGAUCGCAGCCUUGAAGCAACGCCUCACCGAGUCCGAGGAGGAGCUUCACCGGAAAGAGGAGUAA